AUGAACGCCGAAGAGCAGUAUUACGCCUCGAGCCAGCUCUACAAGGAGCCGUGCGCCUUCCAGAGAUCGCAGCCCCAGGAUUACAGCCCGAGCCCGCCAGCCUGCCUCUACAUGGGCAGGCAGCCGCCGCCCGCGCCGCCGCAGCCCCCUUACCCGAACGUGCUGGGCAGCUUGGAACAAGGCAGCCCGCCAGACAUUUCCCCCUACGAGGUGCCGCCCAUCACCGAGGACCCGGGCAUCCCUCACCUCCAUCACCACCCCCCGCACCACCAUCUCCCGCACCAGGAAGCGCUGACCUUCGGAGACGGGGUGGACGCCGGCGGCGUGCUAGAAGAGCCGCGAGUCCAGCUGCCCUUCCCCUGGAUGAAAUCCACCAAAUCCCACGCCUGGAAGGGACAGUGGGCUGGCACGGGGGGCUCCUACGUGGUGGAGCCGGAGGAGAACAAGCGGACGAGGACGGCCUACACGAGGGCGCAGCUCCUGGAGCUGGAGAAGGAGUUCCUCUUCAACAAGUACAUCUCGCGGCCUCGCCGGGUGGAGCUGGCCGUCAUGCUGAACUUGACGGAGAGACACAUCAAGAUCUGGUUCCAGAACCGGAGGAUGAAGUGGAAGAAGGAGGAGGACAAAAAGCGAGGCGCGGGCGGCGGCGGAGGCAGGGAGCCGGAGCCGGAGCAAGACUGCGUGGUGUCCUCGGGAGACCUGCCGGGGAAAGAGGACGGGGAAGAGGAGCCGCCGCCGCCGCCGCCGCCCGCUGCCGCCAAGCUGGGCUCCCUGGAACUGCGCCUCGCCAGCCCCGCCGCGUCUCCCCGGCGGGAACAGCAGGAGGCCCGGUGA